AUGUCGCAGUCAAUCAAGUGCAUUGGCAUGAAAGUCGAUGCCUAUAUUUUAAAUACUUCAGUUGUAGGCGAUAGCUUCUUUCUGGCCCCGGUUCAUCCACCACGCUACGAGAGCCUCUCUCCGGGCAAUUUUGACUCAAGGUCAGAUGUCGAGGGUCCCAUUGAUCUGAACAACGCUUCACCUUGGAACGCCAAUCCGCGGAUAGCAAAUAUUGGAACCGGUCAAGUUCUGAAGUCCAAGCUUGGUAUAUACCUUCACUGGUGUCUGCCAAAGCAGUUCAGGCGAGGAACUGCGGAUUUAGAUGGAAAUCAAAGUCUGGAUAGCACUGGGCCUAUGCAAUAUGAAGCGGUGCCCGACAGGUGGCUUAUAUUCCGCCACAUUGAAGAAUCCCAGCCAGAUACCCCAGCUCUGGAGAUAUUCCUAGUAGAGAGCAACAAAGUUCGAACAGUCAGCAGUAUCCUUGAAAAUGGAGGGGAUCCCCUUUUAGUUUCGUCGCCGUUCAUCGAUAGAAAGGUUUCUGUGGAAAAACAAAUCACAACGGUCUUGGGGCAGAUCUCAUGUUUGUCACAAGAUUGGGACGGCAUCGAGGACGAUAGUCAACACUAUCACAGCCCCCUCACUGUGUUGGGAUCGGGAAACCCACUGUUCGCAGACUUCAUUCCUCAUAACUCAGCUGUCUUCAGCUUUCACGAUAACCUGACAAAGGAAGGUGCCGAACCCGGCUCAAUUGAGAGCGCAAAGAUCAACUAUUCUGUCUACGGCUUUUUCGCCAAGGACGCUCUCACACUUUCUUCUAACUCCCCAAACAAGCCAACGAAGCCGGUCUCGGUAUGCUGGGGAUCGCUGUAUUCUGUUCGUUAUGAGAGGGAUGCUGCGCCCAGUAGGAUUAAAGCGGCAGAGAUGGCCAAACUAUUUGCGGACACGCAGCCACUGGCUGUCGGCAACGACGUGAUAGAUGCAUGUGUUGCCUUGCUCAGGGGAUCAUCUUCUAAAGAAGCAUCCAUGGCCGAAGCUUUUGAGGGUUUGAAGUGCGAUGCUUCUCUGCAACAGUCAAACUCACAACUUGACCGUGCAUCAACAGCUGCCACCAACUUCAAGGGUACGCAUGGCGGAUAUUGCUGGCGAAUCAAGAGAAAGGAAGACGAGGGUGCUUCGUUGGGUAGUGGCUCGUUUUCAAGAGUCCAGCAGCCAAGCAUAUCAUCUAAAGAGAAGAGGGUUGUGCUACGCCAGCUGAACAUGUUGCAAGGCUAUCUGGAUGCUCUUUGUCGUCGGAAACGAUAUAUAAGACAUCUGGUCUUUUGCGAAUGGUGGAAACAUCGAAGUCUAAUUGGUAGCCACGACAGUCUAUCUGUGUGGCGCAGAUCUCGGUGCACUGGAAGGGCUAAACUCCUACUGGAGGAGAUGAAAAGACUUGCGCUUUUGGUAAGCUCAGCAGAGAUCCAGAUCAUGUCAGUCAUGAAUAAUUCGUUGCCAUGUGGACCAUUUGAAAAGGAGGAGACCAGCAAGUUCUUCUCUCAUACGGACCCGGCGUUCGUGCUCAGAAACAUGGGUAGCGGUUGGCCAGACAAAUGGGAUUCUGAACCCACCACAAUCGAGCCUGAGCGUUUCAUUUCGUGGCUAGAUGCAUACGCCGAGGCCCUCAAGAAGUGGACAGAGGCUACACCGUUUUUGAAGGAAGGAGCCCCAGUCUCUCAGGCUCGUAUUGCAGAUCUCUGGGAACAAGUUAGCAACCAUAGUGGGCUCCGCAAGCUUCCGAUCGAGCUUCGUCAAUGUAUGACCAAUACCAUGCUGGCUUUUACAAAGGAAAUAGUAGCCGAGGGACCCGGCGAGAAUACACUGAUGGAGAACCCUUCCUGGAAAGAACGUUGCUGGGACGGUCAGCCAUGGCUGCCGCUGUUUGUUGACUGGGAGGUGGAGUACGUCAAUAUCCCCAGCAGAAUGUGGCAACUGAGAUACGAUGAUGACGGCUCAGUGCAUUAUGGCCUAGAUACUGACCAGAAGCUAUCGGAUCUGACACUUGGUUCUCGCACAUUUUCUGGACGAAGUAUCCUACAGCCAAACGGCCAGAAGCUUAUCCUGGGGCUCAUUGAUAUGAUGCACCGCACAGUUCCUGUCACAUCAGGCGAGAUGGAUCCGGUAAAGGCCGUUGCAGAAGAGUUUCUCAAAGACCAGACUUUUCUCUUUGGUCGACUUGACGGGUUCACCGAUCAUCUCCUCACUCUUUGCCACGGAGCCCAUACUAUCCCCAUGAGAGAGACGGUGUCUGACCCAGGAGAGGAGAUCUUUUCCGAGCGAGAAUAUCUUGACAUCUUUUACGGGGACCCAACGGACCUGUCACCAGGUGGCCUUGAUGUUACCCCAUACGGGACCUACCACGAGGGCUUGUCGUAUGAGACUUUGACCAGCACUGAUGCUGUGGAUGACAUUAAUCGGUUCUUUCAACCGGUCACCCACGGCCAAGCACGACUUACCCAGUUCAAGAUCGUUGACCGUUUCGGGCAGGUCAUAUGUGCCCACGAUCCGCGACCAGAACAACCAAAAGUAACUCUAUAUCCUCACGUUGGCUCUUCGCUGCUCUGUGAAUCAGGCGGUGACGAUUUACCAAAUACAGCAUUUACGACCGAAAAUGGAGCAGACGAUUGUGAAUGGUUUCAACUCGGUCCGCGGAUCAAUCAAGAUGCUCGUAUGCAUGCUGAGUUCCUCUACGAUGGAGCUGAAGGUGACACUGCGGUUUUUGCGUGGCUACUUAUCAACUUUCACAAUCAGUCUAUACAGGUCUACGACAAGCAUAGGGUUUUCAAGGGAGAGGCCAUGCUUCCCGCUGGGCCCAACGAAUCGGUCCAUUGGCAUUCCCUCAUGGGGAGUGACAUCCCUUCUGACAUCCUUCCACAUAUGAUGCGCAGUGAACAUGACUUUCGACUUCAAGCUCGGCUGGAUAAAGUCGACAUCUCAACACUGAAAGGGUCCAAGCAGCCUAUGUCGCUGGAUGACCUAAUCGUAUCAAUGUCACAUGCACCUUUCAUCAUUGGGCUCUGGAAGACCAUAAUCGCUGCCCAGGAUCACAUUCAAGCACCGCCAGCCCAGCAAUUCGCCCAGUUUCCCUCGGCCCUUGUUGGCCGUCCUGUUGCUCUCGCACAUCUGUCAUUGGGAAUCGAACUUGCAACUCCACCUAUGCAGAGUCAGGCCUAUGCUGACUAUGCUGAAGAUGAGAAUGAAAGUGUUUCUGGUGUUGGAUUGUCUGAGGCCGGAGGCGAGGAACUCACUCAAUACGAGUUUGGCAUCAAGUUAGGCGACAUGCUCGGUCACCAAGAUGGAUUUAUCGGGUACUUCACAGCUCCAGAAGCUGGCCAAGCUUGGGAUAUUGUCACCGACUAUGCCAUUGACGGUGUGUCCUUACCAAACGUCAAGCACUCGGGUGAUGCACCUCCUCUCACCGUGUCCCCCAGCUAUCCGCCCGUGCUGUCUUCAGGUAGUUCUGAGCCCUUCGACAUUACCCACGAGGCAAAGAAUUACCAGAAGCGGAAAGCCGAGGCCUUACAAUCUUCUCUCGUCACAGUAUUCAUGGAUCCCUUCCUUCCAAUCCACGUACGCUCAGGAAUACUCCCUGCAUCUCAAGCCCAGCUGAACCGCGACGAUGUGGAGCGAGAUCUUCAAAAUCUCGGCAUUUUGUUCCGCUCAGGACCAGUCAUAAUUGGAUCCCGUGGCUCAGAUCCUGUCUCCUCGCAGGACGGCAAAAUGCGUAUACAAGUUGUCGACGACGGGAACGGUCCGAAAGGCCCUCUUGUACCCGUGCAUACCAUGCCAACAACGACGUCUGGUGCCGAGUGGCAGUGGGUGCAGCCCGUGAUGGAUGAAGCUGAGGAGGAGAGAAAUGAUGAUCCUUUGACUAGUGAAGUUAGAUAUGUGCAUUUGGGUGUUACGAAUCCAUUGAAGGAGGGGUUCGAUGCUACCGUCGGAGCGGACAAUGAGAAGGCGAAGGAGGAAAACAUUGAGGUAGCAGUUGCUCUGGAUGGAUACCUACUUCUCAGACCAAACAAGAAGGAUAAGUAA